CUGGCGACCGCCUUGACAAACCUGUUCCCCAUCUUUGUGCUGGGAGCGGCGGUGUGGGCGCUGGUGCACCCCGCAGCUUUUGCGUGGUUCGACAACAAAACGGCCAUCACUCCAGCCCUGGCAGUCACAAUGCUGGGGAUGGGCAUUUCUCUGACGUUUGACGACUUCAAGCGCGUGCUGGCCACCCCGGGCUGCAUCUUUGCCGGCUUUGCGCUCCAGUACACGGUCAUGCCUCUGAUGGCCUACGCCGUCUCCCGCCUGAUGGCCCUGCCCCUUCCCUAUACCAUUGGGCUGUGCAUCGUGGGCAGCUGCCCCGGCGGUACCGCCAGCAACGUGGUCACGUACCUGGCCAGGGCUGAUGUGACGCUCAGUGUGGCAAUGACGACAGCCAGCACGCUCGGCGCAGUCGUGGCCACCCCUCUGCUGACGCAGCUGCUGCUGGGCACUCUGGUGCCUUCCGAACACACCCACAUCUCUACUGUCGUCGCCAUGCAGGUGGUGCUGGUGCCGGUGCUGCUGGGGGCUGCCCUCAAUACGGCAUUUCCUAAGCAGGUGGCGGCGCUGGCACCCCUCAGCGCCCUUUCUGCGGUGGUGCUGAUUGCGCUCAUUUGCGGCAGCGUGAUGGCGCAGAAUGCGGCGGCGGUGAUGCAGGCGGGGCCGCAGCUCCUGGCGGCGGUGUUUGUACUGCACGCGGGUGGAUUCUUCUUGGGUUAUGCGCUUUCCAAGUUGCUGGGCAUCCCAGAGAGGGCAGCCCGGACCAACAGCAUCGAGGUGGGCAUGCAAAACAGCGUCCUGGGGGCGCUGCUGGCGAGCGUGCACUUCCCCGCGCACCCCGUGGCGGCAGUGCCGUGUGCCAUCUCAGCCUGCAUGCACUCUAUCCUGGGGUCGCUGCUAGCGGCAUUCUGGCGCACGAGG